AUGUCAGAAGCCACAGUGAAAGUGUUAGUUUUGAUACUAAAGUUCCUGGCCUUUGUUAUAGAUAUCAUCACGUUUGUUCCAUAUUUCAUCAUUCAGAGACCAGACAGGGUCCUUCAGAAGUCAAAGAGGAUCAAGGCAAAGCCAGUGUCAGGGAAACCCUCGGAUCCAUGGAGAUCUGUUGAUGUUCCAUCGACUGGUCUAACAACGUCCAUCUUCCCUGAAUGUACUACCCUGGACGAUCUCUUCUCCAGGGCAUGCAAUAUCUACUCCAGCCAUCCCUGUCUGGGCACACGGGAUGUGAUUAGUGAGGACGAUGAGGUGCAACCAAACGGGAAAACGUUCAAAAAGUUGGUUUUGGGAGCUUACCAGUGGGAGACUUUUGCUCAAGUGGACAGCAGAAUCAACAACUUUGGGAAUGGGCUGAGAGCACUAGGUCACAAACCAAGGUCGAGACUAGUCAUCUUUGCGGAAACCAGGGCUGAAUGGAUGAUCGCUGCACAGACUUGCUUUAGGUUCAAUUUUCCAAUGGUCACUCUGUAUGCAACCCUUGGUGUUGAUGCGUUGAUACACGGCAUUAAUGAAACUGAAGUCUCCCUUGUGAUCACCAGUUUCGAGCUUCUGCCUAAGUUCCAGACUGUUCUACCCAACACACCCACUGUUACCCAUCUCAUCGUAAUGGGUUGUACCAGGCAGCAGCUGGCAAGUGCGAAAACGAAGCUUCUAGAAGGUGUUGCCGUGCUGGCUGUGCAAGAGGCGGAGACAUUUGGAACCGCAUUAAACGCAAGAAACGUAGGUCCAGAAAAACCCAGACUGGACGACAUAGCUGUUAUAAUGUACACAAGUGGAUCAACAGGGUUGCCUAAAGGUGUCAUACUAUCACAUAGAAAUCUCAUGUGUGGAACGUCUGGCCAGGUUCAGAGGAUCACAGACCUUGGAAAUAAAGACGUCUAUGUUGGCUAUUUGCCCCUGGCUCACGUCUUAGAGCUGUGUGCAGAGGUGUGCUGUCUAUCAAUGGGAGCUAGAAUCGGCUACUCAUCUCCGACAACACUGACUGAUAAGUCGACCAGAGUCAAGAGAGGCUGCCAUGGAGACGUUACUGUGCUCCAACCAACUCUGAUAGCAGCGGUCCCAGUAAUCAUGGACAGAAUUUACAAGAAUGUCUGGGAGAAUGUGAACUCAUUAUCUGCCAUGCAAAAGACAUUGUUCAAGUUUGCCUAUGACUACAAGCUCAAGCAUCUGCUGGCAGGGUUUGAUACUCCUCUCUGUAACAAACUUGUUUUCAAGAAUGUAACAAACCUCUUGGGCGGCAGGGUACGACUGAUGAUCUCCGGUGGCGCCCCGCUCUCUGGCGCCACUCAGAGGUUCAUGAACAUCUGCUUCUGCUGUCCUGUAGGUCAGGGAUAUGGUCUAACAGAGACAUGCGGGGCGGGCACUGUUGUCGAGUUCUCAGAUUUGACGACAGAAAGAGUUGGGCCCCCUGUUGUGUGUUGUGAGAUUCGGCUCAGAGACUGGCUGGAAGGAAAUUACACAGUAGAAAACAAACCGUACCCUCAGGGGGAGGUCCUGGUUGGAGGCAACAACGUGGCUGUGGGCUACUUCAAGAAUCCAGAGAAAACCGCAGAAGACUUCAUUGUCUUGGACGGUGUCCGUUACUUUUGUACUGGGGACAUCGGCCAGUUUGAGGAGGAUGGCAGCCUGAGGAUUAUUG